CUUAUCGACAUUGCAACGCAACACGCUUUAGUUCAAUUUAAUUAAUUCAAUUCACGUUUUAAAAUGGCUGUGCUACCACCUGAUCCCGUAUUCAGUUUACGUUGCCCGGACAUGGGCGCCGUGAACUCCGUAUGUUUUCAUGAGAGCGAGCGCCUGCUGGCGGGCACCCUCAAAGGUAGAGUAUUUCUCUGGGAUCUACAGACAAACCGUUCGUCGCUGCACUUUGAGGUGGGCAACGCGCCAAUUACGAAUCUACAUCACACCAAAGAGCACUUGAUCACGCAGGAGAAAGGUGGCACCAUAACCAUGUACUCCAUUAGCAGCAACAGCUACGUAAAGGAGCGCAGCAUACCGGGCAAUCAUUUGGGCUAUUGUCGCACAGCGCUGCACAUAAAUCCCAACAAUACAAACGAGCAGUUGCUCUUCUAUCCGUGCGAGGAGACGGCAAUUGGUGUGCUACAUGUUACGGAUCCGGCGGCGCCUACACAGAUGCUAAUACCGGAUGAUCCACAAUUGGCCAAGCUGGGCAGCGUCACCUGUUUCAAGCCCUUCGAGUGCGCCUCACAGCUUUUUCUGCUCGCCGGUUACGAGUCUGGGCAUUUCCUCACCUGGGAUCUGAGCAGCGGUGUUAUGAUUGAUGUCAUGGAACUGGCGCCGGAAGCCUUGACAGUUGAUUAUGAUCCCACCACGAACCGCGGCAUAGUGGGCGGCGCUUCCGACAAACUGACUACCUUCAGCUAUCAACGACAAUCCAUGCAGCUGCAGCGCGGCUCCGAGCUGUGCAUCAAGAAUCCGGGCAUCAACUGUGUGCGCAUACGCUCCGAUCAGAAGGUCUUUGCCAGCGCUGGCUGGGAUGGUCGCAUACGCAUCUUUUCGUGGAAGAGCCUGCGACCACUGGCCGUGCUGACGCAGCACAAACAAGGCGGCGUCAUGGAUCUCGCCUACUCCCCACAACCUGUGUCCUUGUGGCGCGCCCCUAUCAUGGCCGCUGCUGGCAUGGAUGCACAGAUCUCGCUCUGGGACUUAUACAACUAAACCCUUGACACAAUUGUGUAUUAGUUUUUAAGUGUUACAGUUUGAAUCACACUCUACCCUCUUUUUUUCUGCCAAGCAGCUGCACUGGCAGCGACUGACAAUUCAUGUGCAACUUUCUGCAUAAGCGACCCGUAAAUUGAUUCAUAUUUAAACAGUCCCGUAUUACACAUGUAAUCCUCUAAACUUUAUAGUCAAUUUUAAGUUUUAUAUUGUGACCAAAACCUAUUUAAAAUCUGCCUCAAACAAUUUUGGUAUUUUUUAAGUGCUUAAAGAUUCCUAAAGACUGAAGCGCCUCAGUCGUGAUGUUUUGUCCAGAUUCAUUUGAGAUUUAUACUUAAUAUAUUAAAAAAAAAAAUUAUAAAAUAUGUGCA